CUUAGCUACCUACCUGCGGUGAAUGCUUCUCCAGUUUUUUCCUUUCCAGAAACUAUAGAAGGGAAGAUCCCAGAUCAAAUCCUGCCAAAAAAAGGGGGAAAGAAGAAUUUUUUUCGUGUUUGUGUUUGCCAAGUCGCCUCCUCUCCGUUCGCGUCCCGUGCCUCGCGAAAUUCAUUGCCCCCAGGUGUGCAAGAUUCAUGGCUUCAAACUACAGCAAGACGCUCAUUCAGAUCGAUGUGAGCUCGGAUACUGUGUGCCCUUGGUGCUUCGUUGGCAAAAAGAACCUCGAGAAAGCGAUGGAGCAAAGCAAGGACAAAUUUGAUUUUGAGGUUCAUUGGCAUCCAUUCUUUCUAAACCCUGAUGCGCCUAAGGAAGGCAUCAAGAAAUCUGACUUCUAUAAGAUGAAGUUCGGUCCUGUUCAGUUUGAGCGUGCAACUUCUCGUAUGACAGAGAUAUUUCGUGGACUUGGGCUUGAAUAUGACAUGUCGGGGUUGACCGGGAAUACGAUGGAUAGCCAUAGGCUCAUAGCACUUGCUGGACACCAAGGCUAUGACAAACAAAAUGCUCUUGUUGAAGAAUUAUUCCUCAGUUACUUUUGCCAAGGAAAGUAUAUCGGUGACAAGCAGGUUUUGCUGGAUGCUGCAAGAAAGGUGGGCAUAGAUGGAGCAGAAGAACUGCUUGAAGACCCUAGCAAAGGAGUCGACGAGGUUCUGGAUGAACUCAACAAGUACUCGUCUGGCAUUUCCGGGGUUCCUCACUUUGUGAUUAAUGGAAAACAUCAACUCAGUGGUGGCCAGCCUCCAAAUAUAUUCAUGAGGGCCUUUGAGGCGGCUGCAAAAGAUGGAGCUGAACGGUAGUUUAAGGAACUCUCCUAGUAUGCUUGUGUAUGUUUGAAAGGAAUAAAAGCUGGUUCCAGAGUUUGAUAAUGAAGUUGCCGUACAAUUUAUAGCUGAUAUGUGAAAGAUUAUGUGGAACCACUUGUAUUUCCGAAAUUCUUAUGUGGUGAUAAUUUGUGGUGAAGAUGGUGUGGAUAAUAUCUGCCCCAUCCGAUGACGCAUUCGAAUAAAAUUCUUGUGAGUUGAUAGGA